AUGUCAUCUGCAUUCAAUAUCCAUCCUUCACCUUCACCUCCGAUGCUCAGUAGCCCGAAAAGAACACACUUUAUCUCAUUCCUGACCUCAAAACCAGUUUCUCACAGCAGCAGGAGAAAAUCAUUCAUCCCACAAUCGGCCCUCUCACCAGUAAAUCCCGACCCGAAAAUCCCUCAUACGGUUCAUAGAUUCUGGCAAUGGCUGAAAGACGAAGGAAUAGUGUCGGCCAAGACGCCAGUGGAGCCUGGGGUCGUGCCCGAGGGUUUGGGGCUCGUGGCAACUCGGGCCAUUGCGAAAAACGAGGUCGUUUUGGAGGUGCCCAAGAGGCUAUGGAUCAAUAAGAGUGCUGCUGAGACCUCGGAUAUUGGAAUUGUUUGUUCUGGGUUGAAACACUGGAUUGCUGUUGCCCUAUUUCUGCUGAGUGAGAGGUUUAAGGGGGAGGGGUCUAAGUGGAAAUAUUAUAUUGAUGUUCUUCCCAAGGUUUUAUGUGUUUUACUUCAGUGCAGGUCAGAAGAGGAGCUUCUGGAGAUUCGGGGAACCCAACUACUGAGGACCACAUUGGGUGUGAAAGAGCAUGUCGAGAAUGAGUUUCGUAAAGUGGAAGAGGAAAUCAUACUAGCAAACAAGCAAUUAUUCCCUUUUCCUAUAACAUUGGAAGAUUUCAUGUGGGCAUUUGCAAUACUCAGAUCAAGGGCAUUUUCUCGUCUUCGUAAUGAAAAUCUUGUUGUUAUCCCCUUUGCCGACUUGUUGAACCACAACGCCAAAGUAACCUCCGAAGAUCAUGCUCGUGAGGUUACGGGAGCUGCCGGUCUUUUUUCCUGGGACUUUCUGUUUCAAGUAAAGAGCCCUUUAUCUCUCAAGGCUGGUGAGCAGAUUUAUAUCCAAUACAAUUUGAAAAAAAGCAAUGCUGAUAUGGCUCUCGACUAUGGGUUCAUAGAAGCAGGAUCAGAUCGUGAUGCGUUUACUCUCACGCUCGAAAUAUCAGAGUCGGACGAGUUUUUCUCGGAUAAAUUGGAUAUAGCCGAACAGAACAGCUUUGGACAAACCGCAUAUUUCGACAUAAAGUAUGGGCAGCCACUCCCGACUGGCAUGCUUCAGUAUCUGAGGCUGGUGGCAAUUGGAGGAUCUGAUGCUUUUUUAUUGGAGUCGAUUUUCAGAAACUCGAUUUGGGGUCAUCUUGAAUUGCCCAUCAGCCGUUCGAAUGAAGAGCUCAUAUGUAAAGUAGUUCGUGAUGCAUGCAAAUCUGCACUGUCUGGCUAUCAUACCACCAUUGAGGAGGAUGAAAAGCUCUUGGAGGAAGGAAAUCUGAGUCCAAGGCUUGAAGUGGCAAUUGGGAUAAGAAGAGGUGAGAAAAGGGUAUUGCAGCAAAUUGAUAAUAUAUUCAAAGAAAGGGAGUCAGAGUUGGAUAUUCUUGAAUAUUACCAAGAAAGAAGGCUCAAGGAUCUUGGCCUGGUUGGAGAACAAGGUGAAAUCAUUUUCUGGGAGCCUAAAUAACAAACAGUACACACAAACAAAAUAAAGGGAAAUAUUUCAGUAUUUAAGCCAACAAAUUUUGGUCCAGAUGGGAUUUUCAGAUUAAUUUUGCUUCAAUUUGUCAUGUGUUGACUCAGCAAUACAUGGUGCGAGUUCUAAUAAUAGUUGUACAUGAAGAAUGUGUGAGUGUGAAGUAUUUUAGAAUUGUUGUUGCUGUGUGUAAUACUGUAAUUCAAGAUGCAUUUACUGCUUGCCCUUAUUUUGUCAAUCCCAGAACUGACAUGACUAGAGAUUAUUGUAAUUGGAAUAACCUUUAAUGGCAGCCUUGUAAUUAUCCCUAAAUUGUAAUCAGUCCACUUGGUAAUGUGAAAAUUAUUCCAUGGAGCCAAAUCCCCCAAGCCCUGUCAUGAGUUAUAUCCAAAUUCACCUAUCUACAGAAGAUAAU